ACAUAAUGUGAAUGAGGUUCAUUAUAACAUAUUUUAUCUUAGUUGACUCACAAUUAACUAAUUUAGUGGUUUUGACGUAGAGUUUUAAACUAUUUUACUAUAAAAACAGUAAUUUUUACAGAGAGGCUAGAUCUGGCACAACACAGUCAUUGAAAACGCAGAGUAUCAGCGCCCUCUACCGGUCGAAUUUAACUUCGUAUUUUUACAAAACUGCUUGUUUCAGUUUCAUACGCAGAACCAGGAAACUCUUCGGGUUCGAGUAAAAGGAAACCUGAAAUCUAUACAUCUGUCUGUUUGCAUCUCUCUCUCUCUCUCUCUCUCUGGUUAUAAGCUUGUCUUACUUUAGUGUCUGUACUGGUACAACGUUCCAAAGUUGACGAACAUUUUUAAGUAAAAUGGAAGAAGCCAGUAUUUUGUGGGCUAAAGAUCAGUUCAGCUGUUCAAUCUGUCUGGAUCUACUGAAGGAUCCAGUGACCAUCCCCUGUGGACACAGUUACUGUAUGAGCUGCAUUACAGACUGCUGGAAUCAAGAUGAUCAGAAGAGAGUUUACAGCUGCCCUCAGUGCAGACAGACCUUCACUCCAAGACCUGCUUUAAACAAGAAUGUGGUGUUUGCUGAAAUGGUGGAGAAACUGAAGAAGAUAAAAGUCCAAACUGCUCGUCCUGCUCUCAGUUACGCUGGACCUGGAGAUGUGGAGUGUGAUGUUUGCACUGGGAGAAAAUAUAAAGCUGUAAAGUCCUGUCUGGUGUGUCUGGAAUCAUACUGUAAUACUCACUUUGAGCAUCAUGAGGAAUUUCACUUAGGUAGACGACACAAAGUGACUGAUGCCACUGGACGACUGCAGGAGAUGAUCUGCUCUCAUCAUGACAGACUGCUGGAGGUUUUUUGUCGUACUGACCAGCGAUGUAUUUGUUUGAUGUGUACGAUGGACAAACACACAAAUCAUGAUACUGUUUCAGCUGAAGCAGAGAGAUCUGAGAAACAGAAACAGUUGUGGGACAUACAAAGAAAGUACCAGCAGAGAAUCCAGGAGGGAGAGAAGGAGCUUCAGGAGCUGAAAGAGACUGUGAAGACUCGUAAGCGCUCUGCACAGGCGGCAGUGGAGGACAGUGAGAGGAUCUUUACUGAACUGAUCCGCUCUAUUGAGAAAAGCCGAUCUGAGGUGAAACAGAUGAUCAGAGAUCAGGAAAAGGCUGAAGUGAGUCGAGCUGAAGAACGACUGGAGCGACUGAAGCAGGAGAUUGAUGAUCUGAGAAGGAGACAAGCUGAGCUGGAGCAGCUGGAGCAGACAGACAAUCACAUCCAUUUCCUACAGAGUUUUCAGUCUCUCUCUGUCCCUCCUGCUUCUAGAGACAGUAUCAGUUCUCUCCUCUCUUAUGAUGAUUUGUCUCUAUCUGUCUCUAUGAUAAGAGGUACACUUGAAUACGUCUGCAAAGAAGCAACAGAAAAAAUAUUUGUUGUGGCAUACAUUGACAUUGUUCCUGCCACUGAACUCAUGACCAGAGAUGACUUCUUGCAAUAUUCCUGUCAGCUCACAUUGGAUUCAAACACUGCACAUAAAUACCUCCGUCUGUCUGAAGGCAACAGUGUGGCUUCCUUUGUUGGGGCUGACCAGCAGUACCCUGAUCAUCCGGACAGAUUUCAUGAUUUUUCUCAGGUGUUGUGUAGAGAGAGUGUGUGUGGACGCUGUUACUGGGAGGUGGAGUGGAGUGGGAAGGCUGGGGUGGGAAUAUCAGUGUCAUACAAGAGCAUCAGUAGGACAGGAGAUGAUGAGGAUUGUGUCUUUGGAUUUAAUGAUCAGUCCUGGAGAUUGUCCUGCUCUGACUCCAGUUAUGCAUUCAGACACAAUCAGAAAGUGGUUCAACUCCCUAUAUUCCCCAGCUCCUGUAGAAUAGGAGUGUAUGUGGAUCACAGUGAAGGAAUUCUGUCCUUCUACAGCGUCUCUGACACAAUGACCCUCAUGCACAGAGUCCAGACCACAUUCACUCAACCGCUCUAUCCGGGGUUUGGCAUAAAUUUAGGAUCAACAGUAAAACUUGUCCUCAGAGGUUCUAUGAAUAAUAGUAUUAUAUAAUAGGUUAAAGCGUCCUGAUAAAAAUGAAUGUGUGGUAUAAGUGGUUAGCAGCUGCCAUCUUUCAGAGUACAGUUUAAUCCAAACUGGAAACUGGAUUCAUUAAAUGUCUCAUUACAACACAAACUGUCGGUGACUGUGUGCAAAGCCAAUACAAGGGAAACCUGCUAGAUUUUUUUUUGUGUGUGUGUAACUGUGUAAUGUUCUAAUAUUGUGCAGUGAAAGAUUGUGAUUGAUUAGGGAUCAAAAAGAUUUGCUUUGCUUGCGUUAACAACUAAGAAAUAGCCUACUGUAUAUCACAUUGCAGUUAUACAAAAUGUAUAAUUCAUGUGACUGAAGUCCAUUUUUAGGCUAGUUGUCAUGUCUCUUUAAAAUGUAAACCAUACAUAGAGUCUGAAUUGGCAGUACACUCCACCUGGUCAAUGUGGGAAAUUCUGAUUUUAUUUAUUUAUUUUUUUUGGUUUGGUUUUUUACAAAUAGAUACACCUUCAAAAAUACAGUAUUUGUCAUAUGAUGGACAUAAAUAACUGCAUGAAGAAUAAAAAACCACAUCAUCGCCACAUGAUCUCAAGUAUCUGUCAAGACUGAAUUGAGGCACGUCCAUUCGAGUAUACUGUAAGAACAGUACAAUUAUUAAAAAAGGCCUUCAAACCGACUCUAGAUGCUAGCAAAAGACGUCCACUUAACACACGACAACAGAAGAGUUGCUUUGUUUCUUGUAACGUGCCUUCAGCAGGGUAAGGACACCAACCACACACACGAAAAAACAAACAAAAUGAAUGUAACUGUCAAAUCCUCCGCUGAGGUCAGCGUUUUACUCAUUCGAGGUUGCUGCACAAGAGCUAUUAAACCAAAGCUUCACUUUCCUUCACUAAACGCAAUGCCUAAAAGCUGGUCGGCCGUUCCAAACGGCCAAACCACAGGUGGUCCUGCCUGCUGAAAGCACUUGCUUGGAUGCUUAACGCCCUCCAUGGAAUCUUACACCUGCCCUUUGCUUAUAGUUGCUGUAAGAUAUUGUGCUGCAUUCUAAAAGACUUGUUUUAUGCACAUUUAUUAUUGUUAGAAUUGACUCUUACUGUUAUGAAUUAAAAAAAAAAAACCUUAAUAAAACAAAAUGGAUUUGCUCAA